AUGCUCAUUGAAUCUAACAUCAUCAGGAUCAUCUCAAUUCUGAAGGCGGCAUGCCCACAGAGAACAUUCCAUAUACUAACAUACAGCAAAAAGCUCUGCACUAUCGAGCUGGAUGAUUCUGCUAAAUCUGCAGUGCAGAAAAUGUCCUACGAAUGGUCACGGUCUCUCCUAGGCGGAACAUCUCAACAGUUUAGACAAUCAGACGCAAACAGAAGCUGUGAGCCAACAAAGAUACAAAAGGUAUCCCAAUACCUCGUUGAUGCAAUGUCUAUACUGGGAAAUUCUCUAGCCAGCACAACAAAGUCCUCACUAGCCUGGAUUUGGUGGUUACAAUUAUGCCAAGAAGCAUCAGCUUUGAUAAUUCCAUGGUUUAACACCAAUCCUCAAGACACAAUCAACAGCUUUGUGGCAAACUUUGUCUCAUCUGCAAAACGGCCUUUAUUUCUGCACUCAUGUGAAUGGGCAUUGUACAGCGUGAUAUUUCAUAAAUGUCUUGCUUCGAACCCAAGGAUGUGGUUACUAGGCAACUUUUAUGUCAUAGUGCGCCGAUGUCAUUACCUGUUUUCUCAACUUUGUGGCGUCACGGAUGAUGGCAACAAGAGUAUUGAAAAUAGCAGUGACAGUGGCAACAUCAGCACCAGCCUUAGCAACAGCGACAGCAAUGGCAGCAAUAAGAGCCUCAUCGACAACAGCGGCAUAGGCAAGAGCAGCACCAGCACCAGCCUCAGCAACAGCUCUACCAACGACAAGUUUACUGUCAUGGAAGGUAUUCCCCUGGACAGGAAUUGGUUUUUGUGGUUCCAAAAGAUCAAGGGCAUGAUUGAAAAUGACUACAAAUGUAUCACUGAGCGUAAUUACAAUAAACACACCUGUCGACAAUACAUCAAAGAAAAGCACCAGCUUGUGAAGUCAUUCAACGUGUUUCCAGCAACAACAGUUAAAGAUGGUUUGGUUAUCCCAUCAGUUGACGACCUCUACUCCAAAUUGGAAGAGCAACUAAAAGCCAUCCGUUGGUUACAAAAUCAUGGUGUAAGCAACCUGGAUCAACAGUCAAUGCAAAUGUUGCAACGUGUACAGGAGGAUGAGUGUCUUUGGUAUCAUGACCUUUGUAGUGCACUAGGAGCAGCAGGUGCAAUGUUGAAGCCUCUACAGUGCACACUGCAGCCUAUCUCUCCAGCAGUGGACUUUGUUACCGGUUGUACGGUCUACAACUUCUUGCAGUACUUUCUAUCAACGAAGACUAGUGCUCUGUUUUCAGCAGUUCUAGCCAUGUACUGCCAGCCAGAAUCUCAAUGUGCUCUUGAAGAGAUGGUGUCCAAAUUGCAAGCUUCUCAUACAUUCAUGUGUAGCAUCUUGUUAUCGGAGGUGUCUGUCAAAUCACUUCACCUGAUCAGCAAACAAAUCGGACAUGCUGAUAUGAAGGCAGGGGUUUUAACACUGAUCUCUUUUCCACUAUACUCCAUAAUAAUUAACCGUCAAGCAGUUGAGGAACUGAUUGGAAUUUUGGAGCAGUGCUUUGCAGUGCUGAAGUAUCUGUCCUGGGCACGGACACUCCUGGAAGUUUUUAAAACCUAUGGGAAAAUCAGCUCGUCAGGAGAUAAUGCUGAUGAUGAUAUCGAUGUCAUACAGGAUCUCUUGAUGGUACAACUCGAUGAUCUCUCUGCGAAGAAGGUGAUUAAGUUGUUCAGCCGUUUGGACAAUCUUCUUAAAAAUCUGGAUUCAGUCCAAAUGGAGCUAGUCGAAGAAGUACAAAAGCAAUCUCGGCUGAUAACGUUUCUGACAGAAUUCAACCUUUGCACAGACCCACAACUAUUUAGUCACUUACGUGAACGGCUGACUAGUCUGACUCUAGGAGAUUCUAUUGAAUCUAGGUUGCUGAUCUAUUUGAUUGCUAGUAGGGAGUGCUUAGCUCCAUUCAUUCAACAUCAGCCAUCCAAUCUUCAUGAUGCGAUAUGUGUUGUGAAUGAGUUACGUUCUACGCCUGAGAACAUUGCUCACGUCAGAGCAGCUGGUCAGAAUCUAGCUCACAUCCAACAUUUGAUCCGUCAGGCUCAAUCCAAUCACAUUGAGAAUGCACUGGAGCUCGUGGAUGUGUUGAAGAAAACAGGGCAUGUAACAAUAGAACUAAUUCAAUAUAUGGGCACGCCAUCGACAUGCAUCUUUGCCUUUCGGCCUGUAACAGAAGUUGGAAAUGACAGUCAACUCAUCACCCUGUCAGAUGAAAAAUUGUUUGCUCUCAGACAGCAACUACUAUUCAGCAACCAAAGUAACAAUGCCAUGGUCAGAGACAGAGCAUUCGGGUUCCUGAAGGUGAUGGAUGCUAUUGACUCAUUGAAAGAAACACUAUUUGCAUUGGAGAGGGACGGACAUCCAAACUAUUCGGCCUGCCACAAGCACCUGGAGUUUUCUCUCAGCAGUGUCUCCAGCAUCGAAAUCCAACGAGAUGCUAUGAUGGAUGAAUUAGUGUGUUGGCGUCAGGAGCUGAAGCAAGUAUGCGACGGCAGCAAUGGCUGCCAUAUUUUGUGUCUCUACACCAAGUCCCAAAUUGGUCACAUGUUGGCUUUAUUGCAACCUGGAAAUCCACGCCAGGCAUGUACCCAGGCUAUGUUAGAUACUAGAAUGGAAAAUUCCAGUGCACAUUCCAGUGCACAAUGUGCAACAGCUAUUUUACUUUCACCUCAGUCUAUUUUGACUGAAAUAGAGAGUCCUGAGAGCAUACUAGAUGCUGGCAUUGCGGCAUCAAGUCACCAGGAUAGCUGUCAACUACUAACAGCAUUGUGCAAGCUCAUCAAUUCAACGGUCAGUGUAAAGCAAGACAACGUUGCACACAAGGAAGGGAAACAGUAUGUGUAUGCGCCAUUUCGUUUUGAUCAUCAGUAUCAACAAAGACAGCAACAACACACUGACAAUGCUCUGACCAAGGUUUUGUCAGUCUUCUUACAAGCACCUUACAUCUUUCCAUGCCAAUCACAGCUACUGUUCUGUACCCUGAAGACUACAGAAGAGGAACUCAGACAGUUCGUGUCCCGCGCAACUCUUGUCACAUCUGUGCCAUUUGUGUUGAUUGGCAUUGACCGGCUGAAUAGGGAGACACGCUCAGCUUUGGCUACAGAACAAGUGCGAUUGAGUGAACACAAAGAACAUGCUGAUGUUUACUACAUCUUACUGGACUGCUGUGCAACAUCUUUACCUGGUUGUGUUUUAUGGGAUGGCAAUGACAUGAAUGACUCUCAGCAAUCAAAGGCCAUCGAGGCUGCUCUGAAGAAAGUGAAGCGUCCGAAAGUAGUUGCUGUUACUGGAAAGCCAGGUGUCGGAAAGUCCACAUAUAUCCACAAUGAGGUGAAGUCUUUCCAAUGUACUAUCACUAUCAACGGAGUACCUGACUACACUUCCAUUAUCAAGAAGCUCAAUUCACUGCCCCGACAAGCAACUGUUCUGUUCAGCUUGUCAUCACAUUUGCCAUGGGAUAUUGUUGAUAUGCUCUUCUUCAACUUGCUUGUAACAGGAUCAUUGAUCAGUCCAACAUCUGGUUCAACACACACUAUCCCUCGGGAUUCCGAUUGGAAAUGGUGGGUUGAAGUGCCCCCUCCACCGAAUCAGGCAAGCACCGGUUCGAACUACCUGAGAAAACACUUGCCAAUGUUAGCAUUAUUUGCUGAAGAGAAAGCGGUCAAUGAGCAUCACGAUUUUAUCUUGUCAGAUCGAGAUCGUCUUGUUGCGAGAUACACUGCCUGUUACCUCACAAAACGGAAUGGUAGAAAGCGAAUCAAUGAGAAAAUGGAAGGUGACCAGGAAUAUCCAAAUCUGAGCAGCAUCCCAAUGGGUGAACGUGACUUCAAUGAGUCACUUCUCAAACUCUGGAAGCUCAGUAUCGAUAUGAAACCAAGCUCACCAACAUCGAUGUUGUUAAAAGGUGACAAGCGAGUCCAGGCCAUGUUCGUAGCAUACCUUCAGAGACGAUUCAAAUAUUUUGAACAGAAGUCAUUCUUCCGUCACUUCGACCUUCCUUCUAUGGGAUCCGAUAUAUUUGAACAAUUCAUUGCGGAGGCACGCUACCUAUGUACAGUGGAUCUGGAAUGCUCCUGGAGAUAUUGUCGACAAUCCUUUUUGGUAUUUGAUUCAGCUUAUCAGAGAAUGUGGCCUCUCUAUCCAGAGUGUGCAAACACUUCACGUCAGAUGAUUACUGCUGGCUUCAAACGUAUGACCAAGGAAGCCGAAGAGAUCCUAAAAUCAUCUUCGAAUCGGUGGGAAAAGUACAUCACAGACACUUUCCAUCUCAACAAGGUUAUGUUAUCACAACUGCUACGCGAGGAACACUUUGUGUUAACUCCGGAUGCUGCUUACAAGAUCUUGAUGAUCCAUGAGCGAAAACAAGCACGAAUUCCUCUUGUCAUAGAAGGAGAAACCGGCACUGGAAAAACGUUUCUUCUGGAAUUCUAUGCAAACCUUCUUGAUGAGCAAGCAAUGCAGCAAGGUCUGGGAAGAAGCAAAGCACCUCGACUGAGGAAGCGCUUUUCUGAUUGGUUGGGACAGAAACUACAGAACCAGCAGUAUGCAAUGCGAUUGGCCUCACAGCAAUCACAGCUCACAAAGUAUAAGGCUGGUCUUCUUGCAAAGUCUUAUGAUCAAAACGCGCUGGUAGAUAUUUGGAAAUGGGUUCUGGACAAUCUGGCUUCCUGUGAAACCACUGCACCGACAGGCACAAGUUUGCAAGGCGCUCUGUGUGAGCAGCUCAUCAGAGAUUUGCAGACGUUUAUGUCUCAAUGCUAUUCUGAUAUACCACGUCUAAAACCACUUGCGCCUGGUAGCUUUCUCAAGACACUGAUAGACAGCACAAAACCAACCAGAGAUGAGUCUGUCACUUUACUGAAGCUGUUCUUACAAGCCGAAGUGCAUCCUCUCCUUUGGCAUCAGCUGGUUCAUCCCGGAGUGCAACCUCAUGAGAUUGACAGGUUUCUACAGACACCUUGCCGGCUGGCCACCCAAUUAGAGCACACGCAGCUUGUUGUGUUUUUUGACGAGGUCAACACAGCGUCUUGCCUGGGAAUCUACAAAGAAAUUCUCGUUGAUCACAGCUUGAAUGGCAAGAGACUACCAGACAAUAUCUUCUUCGUUGCUGCCAUAAACCCGUACACCUCCUCAGAUGCUCAUGGCACUAAUGCUGUUAGAGAGCAGCAUGUCAAGACUGCGAGUAAAAGCGCCAGUGUAAUGGACAUUGGAGAGAGGAACUACACUGUACAUGAGUUACCAGCAUCUAUGGUGUCAUUCAGGUGGAAAUAUCCUGGUCUGGACAAUAACACGGAACUGGAACAAUAUAUUCAGAAAAGGCUUUCCAUGCAAUGGUGCAACCUGAAUGAUGGUACAGCUUGUGAACCAACAGCUGUCCAAUCACAACUACCUACCAUACUUUUUGCCGCUCAUAGGUUUUUCUUGGACAAGGAACUCCUUGGAUCUGUCAGCCACCGGGACAUCGAGAGAGUGUUUUGCCUCAUUCCGUUCUUUCAAGCAUGUUCAUCCUUCCAUGUGCUGGGUGCUCAAAAUGUGCCUGGAGAGUUGAAUAGAACACCGGUGCAGCCCAUCUCCAAGAUGCGCACUAGCAUCUAUCUUGCUGUGUGUGUGGUGUACUAUAUGCGCCUUCCUGACCAAUCUCCAAAAGGCAAUGGAGUUUGCCGUGCCAGUUUCGACAACCAUCUGGGUGACGCAACUGGCAGUAGGGUCUCAAAAGUGUUUGAGCAUGCUGUGAACCAGUUUGUGACGAGGGAAAACUUUGUAAUCCCACCUGGUGUCGCUCUCAAUCAAGCAUUGAAGGAGAAUGUAUUUGCGAUAAUAGCAUGUAUCCAGACCAAAACUCCAAUGUGUAUCAUCGGUGCUCCUGGAGCGUCCAAGACACUAAGUUUUCACAUUGUUCGUGACAACCUGCUUGGACUUGUGUCACCGAAGGAGUUCUGCCAGCAGUUUGACGAGUUACACUGUCAUUUCUAUCAGUGUUCAGAAUAUUCCAACAGCAACGACAUCAAGCAAGUUCUAGUUGAAGCUGAGCGGCUUCAAGAAAUGUACAACAAUGACCACACCGCAAAGACAAAGACGCGCUGUGUGGUGCUGCUGGAUGAAGCAGGCCUGCCAAGCAAAAACAGUAUGGUGUUGAAGGUGCUUCACCCAUUCCUGGACAAGUGCAGGAUGUCAUUUGUAGCCAUAUCCAACAAUCAUUUUGACUCUGCCAAUGAAAACCGGAUGGUUGUCGUUCUUCGCUCAUUGGCUUCCCCAGAUGAUAUGCUAGUUCUUGCUGCUGGGUGCCUUGGCCUGGAGGUCAAGUCUCUUGAUGAGGCCACUCGUCUCUUUUUGUCAGGUGUUUGCGAAGCAUAUAGAGAGGUAGUGAAGGAAGACACUUUUGGAAAAAUAUACCACUGCCGCGAUAUAAUUUACCUUCUCCGUCACAUCCAUCAUCACCAACUUCAGAGCAGGCACUCAUUAAGUUUGAGUGGAGAUCUGCUGCUUAGAGCACUUGAGCAAAAUUUCAAUGCCACUGAUGAUUCUGAUUUCAGGCGUAUCACUGACAUAUUCUUUCAGUGUGUCGAAGCCAAAUUGCAAGAAGCGGGUAUAACCUUUCAGCGUCCUCAGCAAAAGUUCUACCGCUCUAAGAUGACAAUCCUUCGUCAUGCACUUCGAUUUUCAUCACACUGUGGCCGGCCCCAGAAAGAUCAGUUUGAAAAGCCAAUAGAGACAGGCCAUCACUUAGCGCCGCGGUUUAAGUUGAUUGUUGAUCCAACAGAUGAUUUUUCUGGAUUGCGCCUCCUCCAGAAUGAAGGUGUGAUAAGCAGAGAUGAUGCCAAGGUGUUCCGCAUGAGUGACUUGUUGCAGGAUCAAUCUGAUGUUCAUGUUGCGGAAGUAAUAUCUGGAAUAAAGUACUGCGUAGAGCAUCCCACCACAGCCAUUCUGGUUAAUGCAUCACGUGUCUUUGGGAGCCUGUAUGAUCUGCUAAACCAGAGCUUUCUGCGGAUUGGUGCAUCAAGCAAGCAGAGUUCGCAGCAAGAUGAAGCAACAACGCCUCAAGCAUAUGCCAAUAUUGCAAUGGGCACAAAGACAUACAGAUGCGAAGUUCACGCAAGCUUUCAGUGCAUUGUGUUCUUGAGCAAGAGAGAUUUUGAGAGCUCAUCAGCUCCAUUCCUCAGUCGCUUUGAAAAGUUUUUGAUCACUCCAAAAUCCAUACUCAAUGAGCGCAUUCACCGGUUGACACCUCCAGAUCAGCUGAAAGUGCGAGCUGCCUAUAACAUCUGCCAAUCAUUUGUUGACCACAUGGGUCCUUCCGCGUUCUAUGGAUAUUCUCCAGGCAAUACUCUACCUUCGCUGCUCAUGUCACACAUUCAGCCUCCAAGGGAAGGAGAUGAAUUUGGCAGCUUCUGUGUGAAUGAAUUCACAGGCGUUCUCAACAACUUUGACAACAUCACGGCAAAUUGUAGUGAGAUGCAGCGACUUGCAAGAGGGUUGUGUGCUCAACUUCUCCAGUUAGUGACACCUGAGACAUUUGUGCUGAAGAUGCACACACUGGCUGACGCAAAUGAUUAUGCUGGCAUCUAUUUUCAUGCUCUAGAAAGCACGUGCUGUGAUUUGAAGCAACUUCUGGAAAAUCGAACACCUGAAAGUGCGAAAAAGGGCAACAAGUGUGCCGAUGCAGCUAAAGCACUCAUGAUGUUUACCCGCACGUCAAGUGACAUGCAAAGCCUCCAGUCAUUCAUCAGUGCCACGGUCAGUAAAACAUCGAUGCAACACAUCGCUGUUGAGAACGCACACGAGUUUAUGUGUAAACGUGAUGUUGAAUCGAGACUUCAGCGCUUCCAACAGGAUUCAAGAACAUGCUUGGUGGUAAGCAUUGAUUCCAAGAAGGCUUCAGAUCACCGCAUCUGGCAUCAACUUAUCACCGACAACAUGGUGUCUUGUUCCGAAAGCAACAAAUUCUUCGUAAUGCUUUUCCACAUUCCAGAAUUGGAAGUCCAUCUACCAAGCAACCAUGCAGCAACCUUCCUAAAUAAUCAGUGGAGCUGUCUGUUUCUGGAUUCGGUGUGCCAACCUCCAUUCAAUCUACGUCGCCUUGCUGGAAUCAUUGUCCGAGAGUCGCAGUCAUGUGGUGACGACAAUGAAGUGGACCUAAGAGAAACACAGAAGCAUCAGGACUUCGCAGAAUUGGUGCUACCAACGAGAUUUGAUAAGCUUGGCGAAGAGCUGGCCACCCGGUAUAGGCCUUGUCAGAAAAAUAGAGUGAAACUUCCGAAAACUGUCAAGGCAUCCUGCCAACGGCUUUACAAGAACAAAGGUGAACUUCAUAAGCAACUACAGUGUGUGCUAGAUGAUUUCCCUUGCAUUCUCAAGCUGGCAUGUAGGAGAUUUUCACGCUCAUAUUCCGAUCGUCAAGCCUACAAGCUGAUGUGCAGUCUUGCUCGGGACCUCACCAGUCGCAACACAUCAGGCAGUUUUGCGGCAGCUGUAGAUCAAAGCAUCCAGCAACUGUUUCCAUCCAUCUUGGACCCUGUCCUGACGAGUGUCUGUAGCAACUACGGCUUGGUACAUCUCAAUGAGUGGUCAGAAGAGACUAUUUCUUGUCUAGUUGACUUGAUUCCUGUAUCAUCAUUCAAAAGUCAGCAGGUCCAGCAGGUUCAACUCUCACUCCAUCGCCUGGUGCCUGGACUGCCUCUCUUUACUCUGCUCAGGCAGAGAAUCUUAUCAGUACUCUCCAAGUUGCAUACUGGAUUCAAUGUGGACAAGGCGAGGCAGCUGCUAGAACAGGACAAGAUAAUUGGCAAGCUGCUGUCAGGUAGCGAGGCAUCAAAGAUACAGGAGACAUUUUGCAAGGACUAUCUCCUGUUGCUGCUUGCAAAAGGUAGCACACAAAUUUGCGAGGGGUCGCGUGAACUUCUGUCUGUGCAGCAAAUUCUCCAAUGGCUCAAGCUUGAUCAGGAGUACCAAUGCCAGUCUGCACCUCGCAACCUGAUUGCCGUGAUGUACUGGGCAACGGAAAAGAAGAAAGAGGUCAUUGCCACAUUGUUCCAGUGCAGUAUGACAGUGGGUAGCAUUCCAAAUUCCAUCACAGACAUCUCAGCAAGAAUGGCGGUGCAUUACUCCUUACAGGAUGCUUUCUCUGCUCAAUUACUGUCUUAUUCAUGUGAUCAGCUAUGGAAACACCUUCUGACUCUAGCAGAGAAUAGUGAGGCUGAAGAGUGGUCCGAAUCCCUCGCUAAGUGGGUUGAUCUACUCCAACUUUGGAAUGAACCAGAUAUCAACAACUGUCUCUCUGCCAUGUCAGGUCAACUCGGAACCACUGUAGACAGGCUAUCACUGAUGCGUAGCAUGAAAGUGUUCUUGUGUGGACUGACAAGGCCCAUUGCUAUGGCUUCUGUUCGCAAAGUCAGUGUAGUCCAUGCUGCGCAUGCUGAGCAGGUAUCUUGCCAAGCAUUCAUUCAGUGUAUGACAUCACUUGCAACUGAUCUAGGGACAUCCAGUCAGAAAGAAAAGGUCAUUCUGGCCCUUCUAGAGUGUGUCCAGUUCUGGUCAUCAAACGGCAAAAUCCAACAAGCUGACAUCAAAGCCAUAGUUCGCCUUCUGAAUGGAGGGUCGAUCGCCAGUGAUGUCCGUUAUGCCAGCUUGUGCAAAGAACUCAGUGUACAAAUCACCGAUCACCUCUGGAAGAGAGAUGAGAAGACGACAGUUGGUUGUCUGAAGAGCGAGCUAUCGAUGCACCACAGCUACACGCCCCCAGUCUAUGAAGGUUACUCACCCCUCAAGAAACAGCCAUUAGCUGAUGUACUCUUCUUCCAUCAAGUUAGAAAGCAUGGUGAAGGCACAAGUCAACUAUCAAUUCAUGAGUUGUACCGGAGAAUACUUGACUGUGGAACUGAUAGUUCACCGUCCAGUCUCUUUCACAGCGUUAUCCUGACUGGCUUGACAUACUGCCUACUUCAGCAAAUGGUCGCCAUUAUCUCCAAACAAUCUGCUGCCUCGGUAAUCCAAAUUGACAAUGCCUUCAGAACAGUGUUCAACCAUGUGACAAGUACACAGGACUUUGACCUGAAGCAGCCAUCAUCCAUGUGUUUGUUCUUCCUCAAGGCUUUGAAAUCAAAGGUCAGCACACAGCACCUUAUCAAGUGGUUGACCAAAUACAACAGUGAGUGGUGUAGAGCAGUUCUCUUGAGCAUUAACCAAGGCACUAGCGAGUAUUUACCGGUAACGUUUCUCUCAUUCAUGCGCUCUCCGAACCCACCUGCCACUGGUGAGUCAACACAUAUUGGAUUUGAGAGAGCCCAUUCACAGUAUGCUGAGCUCCGAAGUGUGUUCAAGAAGAUAGAAAACAAGGAGUACUCGUCCAUUAAACAGUGGAUCUCUAGUCAGCUUUCGGCAAACACACUGGUGGAUGGUAUACCAGUAUGCGCAUGGAUCAAAGGCUCUCUGUUGCUUCUCAUUUUCCAUGACUAUCACCAGAAGAGCAGAUGUCAACCGCUUGAAGCUUUAUGGUCCAAUUUUGAUGCCGUAUUCAGUUGUUUGCGGCUUUCAAUCUUGGAGAAGAAAGCGUUUCAAUUCUUCUUGAGUAAGACCUAUCGAAAAUCAGCCCUUGGUCCAGAUGAUGAGCUUCAUUCUCUUUUUGAUCCACAGUCCAGCAACGAUCAACAUGUCAUGCCUCAGCUAAUGGUCAAUGUACUGGUUUGCAAUCUAUUCUUCAGUCAGCAAACACAUUGGUAUUCACUCAUCACCAACCCAGACAGCCUCAAAGAUUCAUUCUAUUUUGGAGCAGUUUCCUACAAACAGCAGAAAGGCCAUCUUGGGUUGUUUAAAAUUGAUUGUUACAGUCAGUUUGAUGAUAAAGGGCAACCAACAUGCACUUCGGACAGCAGGCUGAGUUCUACUAUGGCUCUACUCUGCCUUCUGUUCACAUUCAGCUCCAUCUUCUGGCAUGUGGCUCUAGUUGGAGUAGAUGAUAUCUUCAAAGUCGUUACCAAGUCCUAUGUAGAAGAUCGUGGCACACCAGGACAUAGCUUACGUGCAAAGGCAAUGUGGUUCUGUCGACAGCGAAUUGGAAUGCCCAUCAACUGUUUGGUGGAUGGUAUUGCUGGACGAGGGCCCAUGAGCCAAGAAAAGUCUGCACUGCUGAUCACACGAUGCCUGGAGAAACUUGUCACCAUGCAGUACUCACCUAAGCACCAACAUCUCUUCUCAACGAAAUAUUCCGACAGUGGUCUCAAAGAAACUGCAGAGUGUGCGUUUCAACAAGACCUGUGCAAUAAUGUACUUGACAGAUUGGACAAGUUUGAGGCGAAUAUUUCGUAUGGCGAUCUUGCAAAGAAGAUAGCACAUUAUCCUGGACCGUUGCCACCAAUAGGCAUCACUACUGUUCUCCAAGCUAUGCAGAGCAAUAGCAGCACUGCUGUUGGGGCACACCUCAACUGCAUUAGGCACUUCUUUUCUAAUCUCAAAGAGCUGGAGCUGUUGGCGGCCUUUCCAGAUUUGCUGGUGAUGAUGGAAUGGCUGCAAACAGCUGGAUUCCACCAGUACAUGCCAGAUACCUGUCUGUCACAACUAAAAGUUGGUGUACAAAGAGAGACUCUACGCAAAGGCAUGGAUGCCUGGAACAGCGUACGUGCCUUCAACGGCGGUCGUAUUGCCGUUGACUGUGCUGCUCCCCGGAUAGAACGAAUUGGAGAUGGCACACCUUUGUCCUACAUCAGUGACAUGUUGCCAAAGGUUCUGAAAUAUUUGUUGAAAGUUCAGUGGGACUUUUAUCAUGACUGUACCAAAACUACAUCUACAAGUCUCGAUGAAGGCAACCAAUUGGGCGUGGAAUUACUGGAUUCACAACCUUCUGUGCCAUUGGAGGUUAUUGCAGAAAUGAAGGGCAAAGGUGCUCUGUACAUCAAUACUGAUGAAGUUGAUUCCAUUGUGCGCCAGUGCUCCAAUUUUGAUUUGACAAGACAAACAGUGGACUAUGAUCUACCUCGACUCGCACGCUUGAUCUUAGCCUAUGUGGCUCAGUCUAUGCGUGUUAUCACAUAUGAAAAAUCUCGUCUGUUAGCUCCGCUGCAGUUUGCUAUACACCUCGAUUCGGGACAGAAGUCCCUUGAUAGGUAUCGUCUGAAGGAUGACCUGCCAGAUGUAUUCUGCAAGCCAUUACAAGACCAUCAUCUUCGCCUGGUAACAAUGUUUGUAAGGAAAUUGAACCAUGAGCAGGCAAUCAGCUUGAUGAACGCUCUGGCAAAAAUCUCCAAUGUGCAAUGUUUCAACCAGCCUACUGCUAAUUCAAAUCAAGACUGCUUGCUGAGCAAGUGCAUCAAGGAUAUCUCUGGAAGCUCACAAAGGAGUUACGACACAUCCUUUCUGCCGGAUCUCCAGCAUCUGGAACAACAAGCUCCUGUACGCCUUGGCAAUAUCUCCAGGGUACACAAAAUGGUUCAUAAUCACAUCGUGACAAUGGGCUAUCUGCAUGCUGAUCUUCCAUUGACAAUUCGUUUCGAUCUUCAACCGGAGAAUCUCAAAGCAGAGGUCCAACAAGUCAUAACCCAGUGUAUACCCAGCGCUAAUGUUGAGCAGAGAUUGCAUUACACCGAAGGAGCAAUUCAAAGAUUGCUGGAAUGCGCACCGCGGGCAGAGGAAACACAAGAUGCCAGCCUGUCCACACUAGGCAACACUUGCGACGACACCUACAAGGAUCUGUUCCAAUCGCUGCCGCCGAGCGUGAAGUGCCAGAACCUUGCUGCUGUUGUCACCAUCGUGGUACAGCUUUCACAGAAACUUCACACCGACUACAUGGAUCACCAAGCAAGACAAACAGUGCAGCUUUGGAGUGACUCGCCAGACACCGCAGGCAUAGACUCUGCUAGCAAUGUGUUCACGGAGUGGAGGAUGAAUGAUGAUGCAGAAGAUGAAGGGGAUGCCGGAUCAAUUUCCUGCGGAACCGUUCCCAGAAAAUGAAGAGGAUCUUGAAUCUGGUGAAAUCAAUUGACGUUUUGGCUCGACUAUGUUGGUGGCCAAUGAAAGUGAAGCUGAUGAUGACCUAAUGUCUACAGGUCACUUGCUUGAAAUGAUGCAAACAGCAAACAACAGAUAUCUGAAACCAAUGGAAUAUGUGAUAACAUCAAUUUCGAUCCCUGUUCAGGGAAUUGGGAGAAUUUACUGCUUGGAGGUUCAUGUUGUUGUACCCGGCUGUGCUACACCAGAAGGCUUUGUCCACUAACAUGUAUUGCCUCGUAGGGAGACACGUGCUCUAUGAUGGCUCUGCGCAAGGCCUCUUGGUGUUUGUGAACAUUUCACCAAUCUGCUGAAAGAUCAUGGCAGUUGCAGUGUUACUCUGGUGAGUGGUCUGUGUGUGUGUGUGUGUGUGUGUGUGUGUGUGUGUGUGUGUGUGUGUGUGUGUGUGUCGGUAUCACUCCUUUCAUGUGAGUAUGGGUAUCUGAACACACAACACCAAUACCAUACAAUGGUACUGAACGCCAUGUUUACCCUAUGCAUACGUUUUCGCCAUGUUUAUCCUAUGCAUACGUUUUCGCCAUGUUUAUCCUAUGCAUACGGUUUCGCCAUGUUUAUCCUAUGCAUACGUUUUCGCCAUGUUUAUCCUAUGCAUACGGUUUCGCCAUGUUUACCCUAUGCAUACGGUUUCGCCAUGUUUACCCUAUGCAUACAUUUUCGCCAUGUUUAUCCUAUGCAUACGUUUUCGCCAUGUUUAUCCUAUGCAUACGUUUUCGCCAUGUUUACCCUAUGCAUACGGUUUCGCCAUGUUUAUCCUAUGCAUACGGUUUCGCCAGGUUUACCCUAUGCAUACGUUUUCGCCAUGUUUAUCCAUGCCUACGGUUUCGCCAUGUUUAUCCUAUGCAUACGGUUUCGCCAUGUUUAUCCUAUGCAUACGGUUUCGCCAUGUUUAUCCUAUGCAUACGGUUUCGCCAUGUUUACCCUAUGCAUACGGUUUCGGCAUGUUUAUCCUAUGCAUACGUUUUCCCCAUGUUUACCCUAUGCAUACGUUUUCGCCAUGUUUAUCCUAUGCAUGUGGUUUCGCAGCAGGAACCUGGUGCUGCAUUAUUGUUUUGUUCAUUUUGAAAUGUAUCGUUAUCAUGUAUGGAUUGGGUUAUGCUUCAAUUGACUUCUCCAAAGUUAACGCAUUUCCUUCCUUCAUCAGGAUCCUGUCACAUUCAAUGCUGUGCCAUGCAAUGAUCAUGAUUGUAUCUACAUGUAUUAUUAUCUGACGUGCAUCACUCAUGCCAUGCGCUGUACAGGUGUGUAAAAUGCACCGCAUAUUGGUUCUCUUUCCGUUACUACUUGUAUGUUUUGCUGGAAGCAAGCGCAGCAUGCCAGUAGACAAGACUGACAGGACCACAAGUUUGCUUUUUCACCGUGUGUUUGGAUGUUCAUUCCCUCCAUUGCAAUGUGUGAAUCGAUUAUGCCCAAAUUUCUUUCGUUUUAUUCCAGAACAACGCAUGUGCAAAGUCGAUUAUCAUGUUGUGCGUACAGGCACGCACAUUCUCUUCUGAAACAUUUUCUACAGCAUUAAAAAAAUCCUUGUACCAAUGUCGCGAUGCAUUCAAAUGCCAGUGUUUGCGGAUGCUGCGCGGUGCUAUGAGAUGCAAAUGUGAUUCUUCAAAUCGUGUCAUGAUCUCACAUCGCUGUGGCGCGUGCACUGCCCACUGCAUUGUUCUUGUUGCCAGUACUACUGAUCUAUUGUCUUAUUGUCACUCGUUUUUCACUCGUUUUCAUAGUCUUAAACAUUGCUCCCUGCUGCUUGAUUGCUCACACAUCAGCCCUUCCUCGAGAAGGCAAUUAUAUUUGAAAACCAUAUUUUCACAUCAUUAGUUUCGAGACCUAAGAUGGUCGCUUGCUUUUCCCCCACCCCAGACAUUCUCUUGAUUGCUGAACUGCUUCAAAUCUCUCUCCCCGUUGCCACCCAAUCAGGAACGUCUUUACAGUAUAGAACUUCUCUUACCCCCUCUCUUGAUUUCCCACUCCUCUUCUUCUUCUUUUAAAUGAUUGAUCUUUGAGUCACAUGUAGCUGUGGCCAACAAA